GCGGUCGCCCUCCCCUGACCAACGCCCUGGCGCGCGGCAGGAGCGGAGUGGCCCGCGGGACGCGUUUACCUGUGACACAGCGUCUGGGGAUUAGGUGAAAGUAUAUAGCCCAACAAGCGCGCGUAAAAUACAUUCACUUGGAUGAAAAUAUGAAGCGAUAUUUAAAUAUAACCUUUUGUAAAUAUCUAGCUUCAAUGUGGUCAAGGGCUUGAGGUUAACUUACGCUCGAGGUGCGCGUGGUCUCGUCCUGUUUACUCCCCCUCCCAGUGAGAAACCAUUACGCCUCUGUGCUGGAGUUUGUUUCAAGUGAACUUCUAAACGAGACCAUUCAACUGGUUUCCACGACUCCGACGGAAUGCGAUAAGGAGAGGGGGGGUGGGUGGCGGUGGCGCCGAGUUGCGUUCGAAGUCGUCGUAAAGGAGGUGGAAGAGAAGAAGGGCGGUGGGGGGUGGUGGCGAGGAGUAAAACGAAGGGAAGAAGAGCCCCUUGCUGAGAGGGCGCGAUGAUGUGGCUGCGCGUGUGGAUUGUGUGCGGCCUUGCAGCAAGCGUAGGAGGCAUGCAAGUGAGGGUGAAGAAUCCAUGGAACGUGGCCAUGCUGUUUCAGUACGUGACUCUGCGCUGCGAAUACACGACGUCUGUGCCCAACGAGGAGCCCAUCAUCAUGUGGAAGUACAAAUCCUACUGCCGGGACCGCGUCUCCGAUUCCCUCAACCCUUCCAGUGGCAGCGUCAGCAUUAACAACCAGGUGCAGCAGGCAAACCCUAACUUUAACCCGUACACGGACUGCCCGGACUCCCAGCGCGUCAUUCGCACCGUGGCCACAAAGCGUGGCAACACGGUGACUCUCGGAAAUGACUACCAGGCGCGACGCAUCACCAUCAUCAACCAGGCGGAGCUGGAGAUCCAAAUGACCCAGUGGGGAGACAGUGGCGUCUACUACUGCCAGGUCAUUUCUACUGCUGAUCUAUCAGGAAACAACGAAGCAUAUGGAGAACUCCUCGUGCUGAGCAGAACCUCAAACAGGACAGAACUCCUGCCUGGGUUUGACUUGCCCGGCCUCUCAGACUGGCUGUUCGUGGUGCUCAUCGUGAUGGGUGGAGUGCUGCUGCUCAUUCUUAUCGGCGUCUGCUGGUGCCAGUGCUGCCCUCACACCUGCUGCUGCUACUUGUCGUGUGUGUGCUGCCCCGAGCGCUGCUGCUGCCCCCGCGCAUUGUAUGAAGCUGGCAAGGCGGCCACGGGCUCGUAUGCCGGUUCAACUCGAGCUCCGAGUGUCUUCUCCCGCUUUUCCACGCGGUACGCGCGUGGGCACUCGCCUGCCCCACGGGGUUACCCCAUCCACCAAGACUACCACGACAACGCCAGCUCAGUGGGUCAUUCUUCCAACGCGCCGCUGCUUCACCGUGAGCAGGUCGAUUUGAACUCCUCCUCUGGCCGGGCUGCUUAUCGGAUACAGGCCGAGCCGUCCGGUAAUGGACACGCCCUCUACCGUGUGGAGACAGAACUCCAGGCCUUCAAUCCCAGCCACCACGACCCCCUUGAGACAAUGGCUGGGAUGACGGAGCUGUCGUCGCUGCACGACGACGAUCGCGGCGACCUGCGGGAGGCGCUGCGGCGGGCGAGGGAGCGAGCCCUGUCCCCCGUGCGCGACAUCGAUUCGUCUGCCCCUUCGUCGCACCGCGGCGGCCCCGGCCCCCGCGAUGGCGAGGCCCGCCGGCGAGCUCACUCGGUGGACGACCUCGACGAUGUGGGCUUCGCAGGGCCAAGUCACAGGCCUCGCGAUUACUCUCCAGAGCGCCGGGAUGACUACUACUACUAUCAGGGCAAGCAUAAGAGCCGUAGCCGCGACGACUUGAGGAACACCGACUGGGAACCCCGUGGAGACCCAAACCCCCGAAGGGACCCCCGAGGAGACUCGUACCCACGUGGGGACCCCCGUGGAGACCCCCGUGGGGACCCCCGUGGAGACCCCCGUGGAGACCCCCGUGGGGACUCGUUCCCCCGUGGGGACCCCCGAGGGGACUCCUAUCCCCGCUCGAACAACUCGCGCGGAAGCAACCCGCGUCCCAAUAACUACAACAAUGAGCGGCGGGACGACGGUUACCGCGGUGAUGACCUCCGCGAGGAGCGGGGAUUGCGCGAGGCUGUUAUGCCGCCCCCCCCCAAGUACUCGGAUGUGCCUUCUGAGGGUCGCUAUGACGACCGCAUCCUGAACUCUGCCCUCGGAGAGAAGCGGUCUCGGAGCCGUGAGGACCUGGCGGGGCCCGACGUGCGUGGAGGUGGUGGUGGCGGCGGUGGCAGCAGUAGUGGGGGAGGAGCCGGCCCUCCCAGCUACCGCUCCGAUGAUGCUGCCAGUGGCCUGAGCGCUGCCUACGGGAAGAACAUCAACCGAGACAAGGAUUCCGACAACAAACGCAAGAAGAAUAACAUCUUGAGCCGGGAGAGUUUACGUGUAUAAAGCCUCUCUACCCCCGGCCUACACUGACGAUCACAUCAGCACCCUAGUGCUGCGUCGUACGCGCCAAGUCGGUAUACACAGGGACGCACGCCCAACGUGGCAUGCUUAUGAGCACCCAUGAUGCCCCAUUGUAUCCGCCACCAGGUCCUGAGGAAUUGCUCCUUUGCAACACACAACCGUGUGUAGAUAUACUCUCACCAAAAACGUACGAAGGCAAAAGAUCCCCCCCCCUCCCAUAUAGCCCUUAACAGACCGUUGGGGCGAGUGCUGUUUGCGAACAGCCCUGAAUGAAUGCCUGUACGGUACGCAUGGGGAUGGGUGGCCAGCACCACGCCCGACCUCCUUUGUCUGCCCAGGUAGCGAUGUUUACACACCGCACCAGGUACUCAUUUGAGGCUGAGUCGACCAAAACAUACCAGGCCUGUGCACACACACACAGCUUCACACAAAUGCAGAUGUCAUGGUACCUGUUGCUUGGCCUUCCUUGUGCACAGCAAAGCUUGCUAUGGGUACACAAAAACACACUUUUAUAUAUAUAAAAAAAACUUUUCAUCGUGUUUGUUUAAAAGUAAAUAUGUGCUGUAAUUAUGGAUGGGUGUAAUGGGAAACAUAGUUGGGAGCGCAGUGAAGCUUCUCGUGCUUUUGAUUUGCCUGGGUAUUUGUAAGGAGGACUUUUUAUGACAUUUAAGGGAAUUGCCUUGUCUGAGCCAGCUCCCAGUAUCACCAAUUGUGCACAACAGUAGCAGUUCUGUCAAUGUACAACAGGUGAAGGUGUUCAGUCACCCAUUAAGCCCCAUCAAGUCAGGUCGACAGCCAAACGAGCAACAGUAAAGCCAAACGUGACCCCGGUGUCUCCUCCCUGCUCAUAACGACCCCCUCUGUGACCCGGAACAAGUGGUGGUGGAAACUCGACAUCGUGAGGGUGGUGACCAGUUUCUCCUCGUGGAAGUGGUACUCCUUUUAUAGACCCUCGCAGGAUAAUUGGUUACAUUGACCCCCCUGCCAGGAUUUGAUUAUGCAGUUAGUCGAGUGCUUCGUGAACAGUACAUGCUACGCGGACAAACAAACGAUACGUGAGAUGUAAUCUGCAUGGCAUAGGAAAAGCCCGCGCAAUCACUUGCUUCGACCCGAGAUGAAGCGUCUUAAAUACGUGGCCAGUACUCUAGCACAGUGGCCCUUAAUAGCGUUGCAUUAAUUUAUUUACUAAAAAUUACAAACAAUUGGAUUAUGUACGUUGCACUUAGCCCGCACCGUACGUAGCAAACCGUGCUAAUCGGAGGAGUGGGGAAGACGAAUUUAACGCAAAAAAGAAUUCUAAAGUAAUUCGUUUUCAAUCGAGAUGAUUUAAAAGUUCGACAGCUCCACUAGCUUCCUAACAUCGGACGGAAGAGCGUUUCAGACGGCCGCAGAAGCACAUCUGAAAAUGCGUGAUGCAGUGAUCAUGUUUGUUCGAUGGCCAGCGAAUCAAGUGUCAACCCGACAUGAAAAUAAGGCAAGAUCUGUCUGAAUUUUUUUCUUGAGACUCGUGGCUUUCCUGGGUAAACAAGCGUAAAAAUGUCAGCCAUAAAUUUCACAAUGGUAUGCAGGUGACACCUUUAUGAUGGCCAAUAUGUGCUUCUCUGUUGUGCCAAAUUAUCUUAUGGAGCUUUUAUAUAUAAUGUGGGGGUCUUUGUAAAAGUGCUGUGCACUAUUAUGGUGGGUGUUAUGAUGGUAGGCAUGUUCAAACCAAUUUGCACAAUGUGGGCCGUUUAAUGCUGUAGCCACCAACAAUCGCCAUAGCCUUCUGCUGCAUAAUUUACAUCUGCUGCAAGACAAUUUCGUGGCAAAGACCCCAAGAAAUUGAUAGCUACCCACAAUUCCAUUUUAAAACAGAUGCCUUGUAUGCCUAUCUCCCUGACGAGACAUACGUUAGCAGGCUCUUGUAGAAACUAAUUUUGAUUACUAAAAUAGAAUGCAUUUUUCGCCUUGCUUUGGACUGAAAAAAAACACUCAAUCCUGACUAAGAGUAGCAUUGGUGAACAAAGUCUCAAUGCUUUCGGGAUCAUUGGCGGUUCGCUUAGUGACAAAGGUUCCACUGCUGCUCUGCCAACGGGCGGCACAUUGUCUCACUUUGGUUUUUAAUUGUGCGUUUUAGUCCGGGUUUUUGGUGAAAAGUAUCGAGAGUUCGACGUUUUUCUCGGGUGCGUUCACGUGUGAACGCGCAGUGUAAUUUCAUUUGCGUGUUUUGCGUUGUCCCGCGUUCGCUGGCGUGAGAGUCCAUGCAUUUGUAUGCUCGUGUGUUCGUGCGCUAACCCUCGCAAAAGCUACCCAUCUCGUUAAUAGUGCAUUAUUAAACAAAUUGUUUUACACUGAAUUCAUUCUAAACCUGUUUUUUUAUUCAUGGCAUGCUUGUAAAUGUUCAAAAUUUUCUAUCAAUUUGCUUGUUGAAGGUGUCUGUUUGUUUGGGCUUGAAUGCGGAGCGGCAGUGUAGUUAUUAGCCCGCUGCAUUGUGAACCCAUUGAGCCGAGUUGGAUUCCCACUCAAGACCGAUAUCAGUGGGGUGAAAUAUAUCAAUCGGAGCUGUGCCUCCCUGAGCUCGACUCGGACUUAAAUGCAUACCUGGUCCCGUGUGUAAGUAUCAGCACUGGCGAGGCAAAGGCGGCCGAGCAUGGUGUUGGCAACCCCCUCGUGUGCCAUGCCGACCUUCAUAGGUGCUCGCUCACAGAACUUGCCCCAAAUUGUCUGUUAAAAGGCGUUACGGGGGGGGGGUCUGGGCAGGUAUGGUGAAGGCCGUGUCGUUGUUGCCACGCAAGGUUUUGUGGCCUGGUGUGGGGGCCCGUCAGUCGGCUUUUCUUUCACACUGCUCUUUUUUCCGUACAGUGGGAACAGCGUGGGAGCUGGAAAUGACGAAAUUUGCAAGGGUUGCGCUAUGAACGUUUUGCGUCGGUGACGUCGCCAUGUGCCGCUCUGCGCUCUGCAGCGGGACCACGAGAUGGGUUUUACAGUUUUUGUCGUGAUGCCGAUUGGUGUACAAGCGCAGUUGCAAAUCACGAAUCUUUUAAACGACAUAUCUUUUUGUAUCAAUAAAUGUACGAUUUUAGAGCAACG